AGACUUUUAUAACUUUUGUAAUAGGUUGAUUACCUGUUCUGGGUGCACUUUGUCGGGGCGACUGUGUGGAAUGAUGUCGCUCGCGAACCAUGGGCUCACGGCUCGCCGGACAGACUAUCUCGCGCGGCAUCAUCAGCCUCCAUGGUCCGUCACCGCUCCGCGUCCGGUGAUCGCAGCGGUCCGCGGUCGCAGCUCACGGCUACGGGUGGUGGCGGAUGCAUCGCACACUACUCAAGCAAGCUCCAAGAUCCCUGGCACAAAUAAAGUGGUCUGUAUUGGAGAAGCCUUAUUUGAUCUGAUUGCCGACCAGAAGGGCCUCCCGCGGGACAAGGUCAAGUCCUGGACGCCGCACGCCGGUGGAGCACCCUGCAACGUAGCCACAGCCGCUGCGAGACUGGGCCUGGACGUCACCUUCGUGACUGCCCUAGGCGAUGACGAGUGGGGGGAGAAGCUGCUGGCGGUCUGCCGGGAUCGUGGUGUACAGCUCCACGCUGUCCAGCGACCCGCGGGUCGCCCCACGCGGGAUGUGUACGUGGUUCGUGACUCCACCGGCGACCGGGAGUUUGCGGGUUUCGGACUGCCGGGCACCGGGGAGGGGUAUGCGGACGCCUUCAUCGACCCGGAGGGGUUACCGCUUGGGGAGCUGCGGCCGGGUGCCGUACUGGUGACGGGGACGCUGGGUCUGUCGUACCCCGUCACGGCGGCGGCUCUACGGCGUGCUGUGGCGGCGGCCCGCGAGGCGGGGGCCACCGUACUGAUUGACGUCAACUGGCGGCCCGUGUUCUGGAAUGAUCUUCCGGCGGCCAAGAAGACCAUUUUAGAAUACCUCCAGUCUGCUGACGUCAUCAAGCUUAGUGAUGCUGAUUUAGAGGCGCUGUGUGACAUCAAACUGGCGCUGGCCCUCAUAAACCCGUGUGCGGUCGCAGAACGGUUUCCCAACGCCCGGGGUGUGCUGGUGACUGCGGGCCCGGAGGGGGCGUCGUACUGCUUUCGGAGCCCCAGUAAGGGGGAACACAGCGGGGUGGUGCCGGCGUUUGAGGUGGGUGUUACGGACACGACGGGCGCCGGGGACGCUUUCACUGCAGGGUUCAUCGUCAAGAUGGCGCAGGCUGGCGGUCUGGGCGCACUGUCCGCCAACCCGCAGCUGCUCAAGGAGGCGGUUGUGUUCGCCAGCGCCGCGGGGGCAAAACUAGACAGCUUUGCAAAGCUGGAGACAGGGCACACACACCGUCGCACCUACCCCUCCAUAAUAACACAUCGCAACCCCCCAUCCCCCACAAACAUCCCUUCAUCAUGUCCGAGGCGGAAGCAGUCCCACAACCUGCAUCGGUGUGUCCAUUGUCUGUUCAACUGA